CGACAGUCUCCCGGCCUCGCUGCACGGCGGCUGCGCGGCGGUUGGUUUCCGGCGGGGACUGGCGAUGGCGUCCGGGUUUGAGAGCGAGCGGAGCUUGGCGGAACGUAAGGAGCAGCGGCAGGCGCUGCUGGCGCAGGCCAAAAUUAGUUAUGAAAAGGAGCAGAGGCACAAGCUGCUAAAGCAUCUACGAGGUGAAAAUACAUGGAUGCUUGCUGAUGUGAACGAACGUGUGGAACAACUGGAAAAGGAACAUUCUGUGCAGAAAAAAAAGAAAAAGGAUAAGCAUUCAAAAAAAGCUAAGAAAGAAAAGAAGAAAAAUAAGAAACAAAAAUCUGAAAAGAAGGAUGACUUACUUGAUAGUUCUUCAGAUUCCUCAGUUGAAUGGGUUGAGUCAAAUGUGUCGCAGUCAGAUAACACAGAAAAGGCUUGGAAGGUCAACAAGCAAUCAGAUGCUGUGAAAGAUCCCUCCCUGCAGAGAGAAGAAUGGAUGAAUCUAGACUUUAUGUCAUUGAAAACCAUGUCAGCAGCAGCUGUCAGAGGUGAAAGACACAAAGAAAAAAUAUUGGAACGACAGAAAGCUCAAGAACUUGAGCAAGCCAUGCUGUCUGAGAGAGAACUCAAUCCCUAUUGGAAAGAUGGUGGUACAGGUUUGCCACCAGAGAAGGAUGAAGCAGCUUCAGUUAAGAAAGUUACAGUGGUAGAAGAUGCUGGAUUAAGUUGGCUACAAAAAUCAUAUCAAAGAAUGAAGGAGCAGGCUGAGAGAGAGAAACGAAAUUUUGAGGAAAUUGUAGCUGAGAGGUAUGGGUCAAUGGAGGUAUUUCAGUCACGAUUAGAAGAAGCUGAAAAAGUUGCAUCCAGAAAGGAAAAUUAUUAUCGAAGUGGAAGAUGGAAGAAAACUGACUAUUCAGAAAGUGAGAAAGAAAAGAAAGAGCAGCGUAUGAAAAAGGAGGCACGAGAUGAAGAUGAUAGAAACAGGAAUGUGUUUGGGGGUUAUACUAGGGAGAAGUAUGGCAAGGGAUGGGCGCAAGAAGACAAAGGUUACAAAAGAGGUAUGUCAGGAGAAGACCAAGAAUGUGGACACAGUAGCACAGACUCAGUAUUCAGAGGCUACAGCUCCAAAGCAGAAAAACACUCCGAUGAAAAACAAAGUCAGGAAAAGAGUUCGUCUCUAAGCAAUAUGAAACAAAAAUUUCUGAAACCCUCUGAAGAUGAUUUAUCGCCUUACAGUGCACCUAGAGACUACAGGUCACAGCAGUCCUCUUCCAAACUGCCAGUUCAUAGGUCUUUGAGCAGCUGUUUCCAAAAACCUAGUGAGGAUACUGCACUGUGGAUCAAAACACGCACAGAAGGUGACAAUGAGAAAUUAAUAUCUGAUCAAAAAUCAUCAGGUACUAGGGAACAAAUUGAUGACAAUAGUUGGGAAAGAACUCCAAGUGAUGAAAAACAGAAGUUGCAACAGGAGUUUCCAAGUGAUAUCGCUGAGAAGAAACGAAUGUUAUCUGACAGUAAAACAUCAUGUUCUAGAUACACAUCACAGGAUGAGCUGCCUCGGGUCCUUAGUGAAGAGGAGAUGAACAGACUGGGAGCGAGGAUUGUGAAAGCAGAACUCAUGGGAGACAUGGAGUUAGCUUCAAAACUCCAAGCAGAACUUGAGAAUGCUCGCAAAUUGAGAGAGACUCAAGGGCAGAUUCCAGCAAAGUCUGGCAGAGAGGCUUCAAGCCAUCAAGAAGAUGAACAAGUGGUCCUUGUCAGAACAGAUCAAAGUGGAAGGGCAUGGCCUGUGACCACACCAGCUGAACCACAGGAGCCAAAAGGAGGACGGAGAAAGCGACAGAUGGUAAGUUUUACAAACGUCCCUACUCAUAUAGAUAAAGAAAGAGUAAGGUAUUUUCAGGAUGACGAUAGUAUGAACCUGAAGGAUUUGGUCAAAAACGAGAAGAUGAGAACAGCAGAGGAUCAAAACUCACUGUUCAUGCGUAUGGUGUCAAAGCUCGUGGAAAAAACUGACCGAGAGUACUACACCCUGGAUGACAUGUUUGUUUCCAAAGCAGCCAAAAGGCCACACAGUGGGGAAGAGGAAGAGAUACAAAGAAGAAAAGCAAUACAUGAGCACCAGCAGCUUGCUGCAUGCAUGGAAAAGUGCCCAUACUGCUUUGAUAGCAGUGAACUUUCUAAACAUCUUAUUAUUGCAGUUGGCACCAAGGUAUACUUGUCUCUACCAAGCAACCAGUCCCUUACUGAAGGUCACUGCCUGAUAGCUCCUCUACAGCACCAUACUGCAGCCACUCUUUUGGAUGAAGACAUCUGGGAAGAAAUACAGAUGUUCCGAAAUGCGUUGGUGAAAAUGUUUGAAGCUAAAGACUUGGACUGUGUGUUCCUAGAAAUGAACAUGAGUAUGAAGAAACUGUAUCACAUGGUAUAUGAAUGCAUUCCUCUUCCAAAAGAAGUAGGAGAUAUGGCUCCAGUCUACUUUAAGAAAGCUAUAAUGGAGUCUGAUGAAGAGUGGUCCAUGAACAAGAAGUUAAUUGAUCUUUCUUCAAAAGAUGUUCGGAAAUCUGUUCCUAAAGGGUUACCAUACUUUUCUGUGGACUUUGGCCUUCAAGGAGGAUUUGCUCAUGUCAUUGAAGAUCAACACAAGUUCCCUCAUUACUUUGGAAAGGAAAUUAUUGGUGGCAUGCUGGACUUGGAACCGCAGCUCUGGAGAAAAGGAAUCAGACAGAACUUUGAGGAUCAGAGGAAGAAGGUGUUGCAGUUUGCACAGUGGUGGAAACCAUAUGACUUUACCAAAAAGAAAGAAUGAGCACAUCCCUGCAGUCAAGGACUAUAUAAGCCAUAAAUUAUAUUAAAGGAUAUUUCCUAUAUUAAGAAUAACACCAGUGUGUUAUGUAUUGCUAAUAUAUUUUAAAACCAAGGAUAUUGUUUAAUUGCUGAUUACCUGUUGUUGGUUUAGACACAAGCCUGACAAACCAGAAGUGUACAGUGGUUUUAGUUUUUAACUUUUUAGCUGAGCCAAAAGAAUAAUAUCCAUGUGGCCAUUGGAGUUCUUCAAAAUGUAGCUUCUGCUUUUGGAUUUUUUAUAAUCUUUGAGGCAACUUGAUUUUUUAAUAUUGUAUUUAGCAUAGAGCCAGUGCUUAAUUAUCAUAGUGACUUUUUGUAGAAAAUGGUGUACAUUUUAAGAACAUUUUGAUUAAUACAAAUACAUUGUUGCAGAAGGAAGCUGUACAGAAAAUAAUUUUCUGAUUUUGAGUCCUUGUGUUCUUUAAGUUGAGGCCAUUGCGGUAAUACAAAUGUUCACGUAGGAUGUGGUUGAUGAACCUCCUGCUGCCCCUCUGCACAAGAAUUAAUGCAAUUUUUUGUACUUUCUUUCAAUAUGAAGUAGUAUUUUUCAAGCUGACCUGUUACCCAAAGAAUGAUGAGACAGUCCAUAGCUGGUGGCAAGUGACAGCUUUAAUCGUAACAGUUACUUUUGAUGGCAAUAAAAAAAACAAAAAAGAGGAGGAGUGUGGUAGAACCUUAAGGAAAAACACUCUCCCAUGGCCAGCAAAGAAAAUCAUCACAGGUGUAUACAGACGGGUUAAAAGAUGGGAUUUUGGUCCGUGGAUGAACACUGAGGGAGAAGUAGAUAGCCGAGAAAAAUGCAGUCAGCACAGAAAAUGGAUGGUUUGUUGCCCGUUGCUUGGAAUGCUGACCACAGAGAUAAGAAAGCUGAGCAAUACUGGGGGAGGACAGGCAGCAGGCUGUUGCACUGCACAGCUGUGAGCAUGAUCGGCGCGUGACUGCUGGAUUAUGACAAUAUGCCGCGUGUACAAAGCCCAUGAACCAAUAGACAGGGUGGCUACAGCUCGUGCAGCAUGCCUGGCCAGCGAGCACAUGUGUCAUGGGCUCCCUGUGUUACAACUGAGGUGUGUUUUGGCAUCUGCUGGCCACAUGUGCCGAAACCUGUUCUUCUGCAAAUGUAUAAAUACCGGGAUUUCCCAAAGAGCAUCGGGCUGGUGUAUGGCAAGGCCACCGUUGCCUCCGUGGGGAUGCCCACAUAAAGCUGGCACCUACCGAUUGCUGGGCUGAGCUCGCAGUGCAAGAUGGCACAAGAACGUACGGAUGGUCCAUCUUCCUCACGGUCCUUGGGGCAGUAUGUUAAUCUGCUUUACAAGAUACCCUUAGCAUAACACACAUCUGUAGUUAAUAAAUGCUUGCUUUUUCCCCUUAUAGUCAGUGUGUGUGUCUUCACCUUCUCGGGAAUCCUCGAAACCACCCUAAAACAAUAGGGAUCUUGCCAGGUGACUUUUCUUCCCUGGGCAUCCCCUCUAGUGUGGCAGAUGGUCUGUCACAAUACUUUUCUGAUAAUAACUAUAUAGUUUUCAUGAGGACCUGCUCAAACUCCCUGCUUGUUGUUCCUGCUUGUGAUGCUGUUAGUGCUGAUUGGAGCAUGCUCUGAUCAGAGGCAAGAGUUGCACAUUAAUUGAUUGUUAAGCUUUGUGUGUGGAUGUCACUGGGAAAUGCAUGUCUGCUAUUUAAAGGACUACUCUCUAUUGUGUUAUUCACUAGGUUUUGUUUUUUCUUUUGUGUAAAAGUUACAAAAUGGGGGUAGGAAAGCGUGAGGGGGGGAAAAAGGAUGAUUCUCAUAUCGGUGUCAAUCACUUUCCGCGGGAAACGUGAUGUAGCAGGCUGAGACUUUGCAGGUGCAGAGCUGGGAGAACAGGACAAGGACAGAAGGACGUGGAUGAAAACAUUGCCACAGCAUUCUCCCAGUGCAUAAGGGAAGGGGUGCAGACUUGCAAACAAAAGACUGCAGUGCUACAAGGAAAGGCUCCACAUGGCAAGUGGAAUGCCCUUAGCAUAGGAGACAUUAAGGCAUUUUGUGAGUGUCUCAACGUGCUUCUCGUUCUUUUCCUGCUGAACCAUUGCCCUGUAUAGCUCUGUUAACUAAUGUGAACUGCUCAGAUUGAGAAAUGGAUCACUAAGUAUUAGUGUUGAGUAAGUGUUCAUUUCUAGUCCCUUGGUCGUCUUUUGCAACUUUCCUGAAGAGCUAGUACUUCCCCACCACCCCGUUUUGGCAAAUAAGUCUGGUAGAGGUAGAAAUCUAUUGCAUUAUGAAUUAUUUUCUGUAGGAUCUUUGUGAAUUUGGGUCACUACAAGAGAAAUAACUUAAAAAUCAGCUAGCAUGAUAAUUUUAGUGAUUUAAUGUCUGUUUUAUACUAUUUUUCACCAGCAAGCCAUGGAUAAAAGGGCCAGUUCUACUGUUCUCCAGUAAGUUUUGAUCUUCCUUAGGCUACUGGGGAGAUUACAGAGCAAAUAGGACAUGAAAUAGUAGCUGCUAGUAGUUGCUUAGAAUGUGGUAACACUGAAGCAAAUUUAAGUGAAGUGCGGUCUUUGGUGGUGUAAAGCAUGACUAAAAAUUGCUUUCUCUGAAAGUGUAUGUUGCCUCCGGUCUCAUCUGCCCUCCCUGGAGGAUAGCUUGGAAGCAGCAGAGGUGACUGUCUAAAGGCCACGGAAAAGUCUAUCCUAAUGCUGUGCUGGAGAUGCAGUUUUUCUAAAUGGGAUCACUUCUCUCAAAAUUUGUGUUCCUCAAGGGAAGCACUGUGUUUCACAAAGGAUAUCUAACUUGUAUGUCAAAAAGUCUUUGUCUCUGACUUAUGGUCUGUGUAUAUUUUAUUAUUUUGGUUUCAGCAAAACUACUGUUAUUCUUUGGAUCAGAAAGGACUCUGAAGUAUGGAGUAAGGGUAACAAUCUCAAGCUAGUGAUACAGGAAAAUGUGUCUUACCGUAUUACAAUUUUUCAGAAUGGGAGACUGUGCUUACCACAUACACUGAGAAUAGUAUCUUGUUGUAAUUGGUCACAGACCAGACAUGCAUAUCCUCAGGUAAAGCUGUUCCUCUUCAUAAGUAUCUCUAAAUAUUCAUGAGGCCAUGAGUGUGAACACAGCUUGUUAGGGCACUUAUGUGGAGGGCAUGGUAUGCUUAGGCUUCCGUCCUUACUCUUAAAAAUAUUAAAAUAUUUUAAAUAGACCUCCUUGAUCCAGAAGAAUACACAAUACCUAAAUUCUUUGGCACUAAGAGGUGGAAAAUGUAAAUUCAGGUGUCUUUAGGGAGAACAGGGUUCAGAAGCUGGAUUUCUUACAUUGCUGUAAAUGUGCUCCUGUGUACUCUUUGGUGUAGCCAGGGAGGAAAAGCGACUUCUCUCUUCAAGUGAAUCUGUGUGUGUGAUUUAACAGAUAUUAGAACAUAUCCAUGUCCUGCCUUGUUAGACAGGAAGAUUCUUACACAUAAUAUGUACUGCUACUCUUCUGCUCAGUGCCUGGCAUAAAAUGCAAUGUUUCCCUGCUAUCAAGUCAGCUUUUUCCAACUCUGAGUACUCCCCUCUGUAUUUCCUUGCUGUCCUGAAGGAAUUGCAUCCUCUCGCCUGCAUUCCAGAUCUUUCAGCAGUUUCAGGGAAGGUGUGCUGCACCAGCACAGCACCAUUACUGCUGCUUGAUCAAGCCCUGGGUGAGGUCUGAGCAGGAACUCGGACUGCAGAGCUUUUUAUUCAGUUACGUUUGCCACCAAGUUCUCUAGAAAGAACCAGGAUGGAUGCUAUAGUCAGGCAGAUCAUAUGCCUCAGGCCUUGAUACCUUGGAAGAUUCCUGGCCUGGGUCUGUCUUGGGGAAAUGAACUAAAGAGGCUUCUGUGGGAUGUUCACUUUCUUCUUAGCUUUUUCUGAGGCUGUACUGUUCAACCUUGUAUUCCCCAGACCCAUGCGAUUGCUGUAGAAAGCUGCCUGAAGGAUGAGGCAGUUGUCUUCAUAUUAAGGACCCACAUUUUGAGGUUUUUAUUUUUGCUCAAAUUGAAAGAAAGCACCAUGAAUUUGUACCACACCAUUAGCUACAAAGUAAAGUGCAAAAGCUGCCAUGGUAUCAUUAUUCUUAUCCAUAACCAGUGGUUGGUUGAUGUCAAGAUGAUUGCCUGAAGUCAUCUGUUGAUGUAAACUGAGGUAAUAUAAAAUGAGGUUGAUGUAAGCUGAGGUAAAUUCAGCUUACAAAUGGAAAGGAAGGCUUUCUGCUAGUUAGUGGUGUUCCUCCAGAUAGCUAGUUGUCAUUUAUGUCCAUAUUCCACUUGAUUUUCCCUUCUCCUUUUCUGUUUUCCUUCGGAGUAAGACUGAGAUGCUGCACUUAGUACAGUUUUGGUGUAACAGUGGUGGAUUGUUGCUCUGUGCUUGUUAAAAUAUCUGGAAGAGAACAAUGCGGAUUUUUGUUGCUUUGCUAGAAAAUCAAUACAGCAACAUUCAAUCUUAGGUCUAUUUAUUUGGGAUGAUUUUUUUUCAGUGUUCAUGAAUCCAAACAAUGAGUUAUUACCAGAGUCAUUGUGGGGGACCUCAGCUGGACUGAGGCCCCUGGACGGGACAGCUUUGACCUUGAGAAGAUUCCAGGCUACCCAUGAGAGAACAAACAGGAACAAGAACAACUGCAAGAUAAACAAGUUUUGAGGCAGUGUCGACCGCAAGACAAGGCGUACGUGUCCUUUUGGCAGAGGAGCUGAGUUGUGAUGGACUGUGCAAAUGUUAACCAAUGAUAAGACAGCAUAACAACUUUGAACCAAUAAGAAAGAGACACAUCUGGGGCAGCUAAGGGGAAAGAGAGUAUAAAGGAACAGAGAAAGAGAGCAAUAAAGGCUUUUUGCACUAGCUUGCUUUUA